AUGGAGAGUUUGGACCUGGUGGUGGUUGGCGCCGGCUGGAACGGGCUCGCCGCAGUCAAGACCUAUCUUGACCUCAACCCGGACAGCAAGGUCUGUCUUCCAGACUCGGCCAGCUCCAUCGGCGGGGUGUGGGCCAAACAUCGUCACUACAAAGGCCUCAAAUCGAAUAACUUGUUGGGUACCUACGAGUUCAGCGAUUUCCCCAUGAACGAAGCCAGCUUUGGCCGAUAUUUGGAGGCAUACGCCGACAAGUUCGGUUUCGCCGACCGUAUUCGGCUCGAUCACACCGUGGAGAGCGCCGAACACAAGCUGGACGGAACAUGGCAGUUGAUCGUGUCGCACAAACAAAACUCCGUGACCAUCGACACCCGCAAGUUAAUCAUAGCCACGGGGAUCACUUCGCAGGCCUAUUUGCCCGACUUUACAGGACAAGAGAUCUUUGGUGUUCCUCUGAUUCACUGUCGCGACAUGCUCCAGCAUGAAGCUGAGGUCUUCCAGCCCGGGAGACGAGUCACAGUGUUUGGCGGAACGAAAUCCGCGUGGGAUGCGGCCUAUGUCUGUGCAACGUCCGGUAUGAAAGUGGACUGGAUCAUUCGCGAAUCCGGCCACGGUCCUUGUUGGAUGGCACCCGCAUAUGUCACGCCGCUGAAGAAGUGGCUAGAGAAGCUGGUGACGACGCGACUCUUGACGUGGUUCAGCCCUUGUGUCUGGGGUGACGCCGAUGGUUUCGGGCGUGUGCGCAGCUUUCUCCAUGAGACUUGGCUGGGACGCAAGAUUGUCGACGCCUUUUGGGCCGUGUUGACCGACGAUCUCGUGCAAUUGAACGGCUAUGACAAGAACCCGGAAACACAGAAGCUGAAACCAUGGGUGAGUCCAUUCUGGAUCGCCUCGUCGCUCAGCAUCCUCAAUUAUCCUACCGACUUCUUCGAUCUGAUCAAGAAUGGCACGAUCAAGGUGCACAUCGCCGAGAUCGACCAUCUCUCCGACCGUACGGUGCAUCUAUCCAGUGGCGAGACACUCCCAACCACAGCUUUAAUCUGCUCGACGGGCUGGCGUUGCACCCCUAACUUGAAGUUUCUCCCAGAAGGCAUUGAUCGCGAGAUGGGAUUCCCCUGGAGUGCAGACCCUGUGGAUGAGGACAUGAUCAAGGCCGCGGACGAGGAAAUUCUCCGACGAUUCCCUCGUCUGCGCAAUGGGCCUCCUGCCAACCCCAAGUACCAACCACUCAGUCGACAGUCAGAGGCAGCUGCUCCACAUCCAUUCCGGAUGACUCGAUUCAUGGUUCCGCUUUCAUUCGUCAAAGAGCGAUCUCUGGCUUUUAUGGGAAUCACCAUGACCAUCAACACGAACUUGAUUGCUCAAGUCCAGGCACUGUGGAUUUCUGCCUACUUUGGGAAUCAGCUCACCCCCACAGCGACUGAGCGUUGUCCGUCCGCCAUACGCGGAGCUUCGGGUUUCAAGAUGGAGGACGACUCUGAGCUGGAUCUGGCGUGGGAAACAACUCUUCACACAGAGUUUGGCCGAUUUCGGUAUCCAGGAGGCUACGGCCAUCGCAACCCAGACUUUGUGUUUGACGCCAUUCCAUAUAUCGAUCUAAUGUUACGCGAUUUAGGUCUGGCUACGGAGCGUAAGCGCGGUCUUCUUGCACAGUGCGUCUACCCUUAUGGCACGGAGGAUUAUCAAGGACUGGUUGAAGAAUGGAAAGCGAAGCAGAAGAGUCAGCAGUGA